AUGUUUGAAUGGGCAGUCAUAGGAGACUCUUGGGCAUCCGGUGUUGCUUACAAUUCCAGUAACAUAUAUGGCCCACUUGACAGAGAGGAAUGCUAUCGCACUAAGGAAGCCUGGGGUGCUCAAAUGAACAACGACGACUCUUGGGUCGAUAGGAAAUACCGAGCUUUUGGCUUCGCAGCCUGCGGCGGUACUUUGAUGAACGACCUCAAACGUCAGAUGCAACAAAGAGCAGGGCGACCUCAAGUUGUUUGGGGUAUGUUUGGUGGAAACAAUGCCCAUUUUGGCGCCAUCGCUCGAGCAUGUAUAUAUCAACCGUACUCACCAGAACAUCCUUUCGGCUGGGGGCCGCCAUGGGACGAGGACCCGGACGAUAAGGGUCUCUGCAAACAGAACAUCAAAGCCGCAGACGAUUACAUUCACAAUGGUAGAUUUCGAAAAGAGCUAGUAGGCGCCUUGAACGACAUAUUUUCGGUUUCACAGACCGAAGACCAUAAGAAAAGUCAAUUCGAUCUGUAUCUUAGCUCCUAUGUUCAGUUCUUUGACGCUACAACCGACGAGUGCGACCAGUGGAGUUUUGCACACGACCGAGUUAGCAGCGGCCAUCCGAAGGUCGUGAAAGGCCUACGAGAUAUCAUCAACAAGCGGGUGCUCGAUGUCAAUAACUUGCAGGCUGACGUGGUCAACAACUAUAAAAUCCCGGAGCCUAAGUUACCCAACUACAACAUCCACAAUGUACAGCCUGAUUCCCUCUUUAAAGGCCACCGCUUCUGUGAAAAAGGUUGGUCCUACGAGGACCAGUUCUAUCACAAGGAUCUGUGGUUCUGGAAUCUCCAAUACUAUGACGAGCAGGCCGAAAAAGAGAUUAUCGGUGUCGCUAAAACCGACGACAAAGGUGUUCAAUAUAUGACCUACCCGGAUGGUAUCAGUGGACCAGAGAACGUCACAGUCCUUGCCGCCGAGGAGGCUGAGCCCCAGCAGUACGGGUUUGGGUGGACCGCUCGUCCAUUCCAUCCCAAGUAUGACGGCCACAAGGCCAUGAAAGAAUUCUUCAUCCGGAAAAUGAAAGAUGACAAGAUCCCUGGUGUGAAGACGGAGGCCACAUCACAACCUAAACCAUCAAUCCAGCAGAAGAAGGAAUGCUAUGGGCUAGGAAACAAGAAGUACAUUGGACGUGAUGUGGGAAAAGACAUCAUCGAGACGGAACUAUGCCCCAAGGCGGCUGGUGACGGAUCUGUCGAAGAAUCCUACAACAAGGGGACUAUGGAGGAGGUAACCCUCAGUGUCAAGGGUCCGAGCGGCUUCAAGCCAAGUAAAGAGGAUUGUAUCAAGGGCUUUCGCGACGAAAUCUUGGAUGGAUGCGACGGCAAUGAUCCUAAAAAUCCCGAAAACUACAAAGGCGGGGGUAAAGUAACCAUGGGUGAUGUAACGUACGAGAUGAUCCCAAGAGCAUUGCGUCAGCCUGCGGACAAGAGCAAGAAGGGGUUUUGCGAUUCCACUUACAAGUAUCUCUUCAACGAGUAUUGGAUGUGGGGCAACGGGUUUGCUAGUAGUGAUUACGGUAAGACCCUUAAAAGCCAGGUGGCUGAUUGCGCUCUUUUACCAAACACUUGGACCUUUGAGUACGGUCUAGGCGAUGACGGGCGUGAAUGGACAGCGCGGUUCAGGACUGGUAUCUUCCAAAAAGGAUGUGUGGGGAAUGCCGGCAAGGAAGCCGGCGGGCCUUCGGAUUUCAAUUGUAAUGGUUCAGGAUGA